AUGGCCGCCAGUCAGUGUGUCCGCCGGUUGCUCGGCCGCGAUCUCGCCGGGGCCCCAUCCGCCGUCCUCCGCGCCCCCGCUUCUCCGUCCUUGGUCCUGCUCCAUCCCUCUCGAUCGCUCUCCACCUCGCUCGUCUCCCGGCUCGGCAGCCCCCCUCCCAUGGGAACCUCUCCCUUCAAGGAACCCGCCGGCCGCAAUCCGGCGGACGCUUACGCCGAGGUCUCGAAAUCUCUGCAUGACUACGGAGCUUAUCUCACCUCCUGUAUCCCGAAAUACAUCCAACAAUUCAGCGUAUACAAGGACGAGCUGACGUUAUACACUGCGCCGAGUGCGAUAGUGCCGACGCUGACGUUCCUCCGCGACCACAAGCAAUGCCAAUACAAGCAACUGAUCGACAUCAGCGGGGUGGACUAUCCGACACGGGCGAAGCGGUUCGAGGUGGUCUACCAUCUGCUGAGCAUCGAGUAUGCCUCCCGUCUCCGCGUCAAGACGUAUGCCGACGAGAUCAGCCCGGUGCCCAGCGUCUCCGGCGUCUUCCGCAGUGCCGAUUGGUUCGAGCGCGAAGUGUACGAUAUGUUUGGCGUCUUCUUCCAUAACCAUCCCGACCUGAGACGGAUCCUGACCGACUACGGCUUCGAGGGCUAUCCGCUCCGGAAAGACUUCCCAUUGACGGGAUACACGGAGGUGCGAUACGACGAGGAGAAGAAACGGGUGGUCUACGAGCCGUUGCAACUCUCGCAAGCUUUCCGAAACUUCGAGGGCGCCAACUCUCCUUGGGAGCAGACUGGCCAUGGCAAGGAUCCCCGGCCGGACCAUUUCAAGCUGCCCACCCCCCAGGCUGCCGAGAAACCUAAAGCUUCGUGA